GAUAAGUUGAGGAGGAAAAGACAUGCCUGGCCUGGCAAACCUGGUCCACUGUAGCAACUCUCCUUAUGUUUAUUCACUUUUGGUUGAAACCUCGUUGUCAGACAGGCAGAAGUGGCCGCGUUCUUUUAAGUUAUUGAUAACUUUCAUUCUAGAUACCAAAUAAUGCCACAGAAGAAAAAACAAAAAGCUGGGAAAAACGGGUUUUAUUUUUUUAUGCUGGAGGUUCAAAAGCAGGAAGCUCUAAAGGGGGUUCAAUAUAGUUUGCCUGAAAUUUCUGAAAUUGCAAAUCCCAUGUGGACUAACAUGACCCCAGAAGAACGUAAACCAUAUAAUGACAAGGCAUCAACGAGUGUUUCCAAAAAUAGCGAAGACAAUUCAAAAAAAUAUACUUCUUUAGGCAUUAGCUAUGCCGAUGUAGAUGCUGGAAAGAGAGAGUUGGAUGAAGCUCGUGAUCUUAUGAUAGCAACUAUUAAAAACACUGUCGCAAAUCUUGACAUCAGAACAUCUCUGAAGACUCAUAAGUUCUUUGUGUGCCAUGCUAACUAUUUCUAUAAGUCUGAUCAUCAUAUUUAUUAUCCUGCUGAAAUUGCUCUUGCAGCCUUUUCUUUGGAGUUGGGUGUUCUUGGCACCAUUCAUUUCUUUGUAGAUCCUGGAAAAAUACCUCUUGGUUUCAAAUAUGAAGCGGCAGAUUGGUCAACUAGAACUCAUGGAAUUCCAGUAAAUGAUGCUAGUUGGAAUGAAGGGAUUAAAGAUCCUCUGGAAAUGUUUGGAAUGGUUCAGUCGUUUAUCAAGAAAUUUACUGAGCCCCCUGAAGUACCUCCAAUCUACACAAUGUUCGAUACUUUAAAUGCUGACAGUCGUCUUUCUGUUGUGAAAUCUGCAUUGAAUAUGUUGUGUGAUGCUGCAAAUGAAGAUUCCUCUCUAUUUCGUGUCUAUUGUUUAUCACAUUUAUUCUAUGAAAUUAGAAAUAAAUGUUCUGCAGAAAUACCAAGUGUAGCCAUAAUGAAAAGUGAAUUAGACAAAGAUGUUUUCUCAUAUGCCAGGGACCUAGGUUGUUAUUAUCAUGAAGAAAAAGAUCUUUCGAUGUAUUGUUCGCUUUCUAUAGUAACAAGAUGGGUGUUUACAAUUUGUGAUCAUUGUUGCAAACAUCUGGGUGUAAAGCUCAUCCUUGGAAGACAUGUGCCAAAAGAUACAGAUCUUUCAGAAAGUGCUCGAUUUAUAGAUGAUAAACAAUCUUCUAAUAAGUUAGAUCAUGGUGCUUCUUGUAGUAAACCCUUGACCAUCAUUGACCAUGGCCGUUUAAAAGAACAAAGAGCUGAACAAAAACGGGCGCAGGAUAUGCAUUUGCGUGCAAGUGAAAAAAUAAGGCUUCCUAAAUCCAGUUAUAGCAACAAAAUUGGUGCCAGAUUCAGUCAAGAAGGUGCCAGUAGUUCUCAAAGCUCUCUGGAAACAAAAGAAGAAUCCAAUGAAAAUGAAUGGUGCAUCGUAAAAGGAAAAGGAUUUGGACGCGGACGUGGUUUCACUGUAGAAAAAUCUUCAGCUGAAGAGCCUAUCUGGCCAGUUUCUGGAAGGGGUCGAGCAUUUCAACAAUAAAUUUUAAAAGACAUUUUAAUAUAGACAAAAAAUUUUAAUAAUUUUGAUACAAGUUUUUUAUACUGUUUUAUUAUAUAAAGAAACAUCAUGUACAAAACAAAUAUGUCUUUUUAGAAAAUAUAUGCUUCAGUAACUGUUGCUAUUUUGCAAUUAGUCUGUAUUAUUUAUUUAUUGAAAUAAUGAAACACUUUUAAAGAGCUAAAUUACAAAUUUUUUUAUUUUAAUUUUAGGUUAUUAAAGUAAUUUUGGUGUAUUUUACAGGCUAUGUAGUAAAAGUUACUUUAAAUAAUCAAUUGGUUCUCUUUAAUUAUUUAGUUAUAUGAUUCAUAAUUUAUGACUUCAGUUAGUUAAGACAUAGUAAUAUUGUUUGUAAGCUUUACACUCUGUGUAAUAUUUCAUGUUUACACUCUCAUUUUGUUAUUUUAUCAAUGAAAAUCUAAGUCAUGUUUAAAACUUAAGUGUUUUUAUUAAUGUUUGUAAAAAAGAUAUAUAAAUUGAGUUAUA